AUGUUGAAAUCAAGUGCGGAAUAUAAUCGAAGACCUGCGAUCAUCGAAGGUCUUCGCGCUAGGCGCUCAGCAAUGGAAAUAAUUCGAUUCUUUGGAUAUCUGAGAUCAACCAUUUAUGACAUUGUGGCAAAAUAUACGACUUUAGAACAGUCCAACGAAGGUUCCAGUGUGCCAGCAAGAAAGAGUUACUCAAAAGAACACCGUGAGGUUGAUCCUCGCAAUCGUGAUCCUUGCAAUUGUGAAAGAGCUCAAGCAUUGAUUUCACAAAGAGCUGAAGAUUCCUACAUCGUCGGUGGAAUUAAUGCUUUAGAUGGAGCUCAUCCUUAUAUAGUGUCUCUGAGACUACAUAAAGUCAGUCAUUUUUGUGGCGGAUCCAUUAUCUCAAAACAUUAUAUUCUUACCGCGGGUCAUUGUCUUAUCCAGUGAAAUCAAAAUAGUCAAGAAGAAAUUAUGAUGUCAUUAUUUAUCGAUUCAGAAAGUCUCAAAAACGUAACAGUUCAUGCUGGCACAAAUCGUUUAAGUGAAUCCGGUUAUAUUUACAUUCCUGAAGAAGCCAUUGUUCAUCCUGAUUAUGAUCCUAAUUUAUUAUACAAUGAUAUUGGUUUGCUUCAUCUGAAAACGGAUAUACAAUACAAUAAAUUGGUGCAACCAAUCUCUAUCGCAAAGACGAAUUCUGUUUUGGUUGGCGAUGCUUGCUUCUUGACAGGAUGGGGAACACUAAGGUAUUUAGGUGAACUUCCUGAUAAGCUUCAAAAAGUUAAUCUGAAAGUUUACUCACAAUCACAAUGCAAAUAUCUAUUCUUGAGUGUGAGGCCCAGUCAAAUUUGUGCAUUUUCACAAUUUGGACAAGGAGCAUGUCAUGGUGAUUCUGGUAGUCCGCUCGUCGCCAAUGGUAUUCAAAUUGGCCUUUCCUCGUUUGUUCGACCAUGCGCUAGAGGAUUUCCGGACGUGUAUACUAGGCAUGAAUGCUGUCGCUGGUUUUAUAAUCGCAUGUCUGGUGCUCACCACCUACGAUUCGAGAAUCCUUACAACGUUUAUGCCAUCGUUGGAAGCAAUUGCUUUAACGCAAUUGAUGCAGUAUAUCAAGUAAAAAACUUGAUAAUACACGCUGGUUUCAAUAAUUUGCUACAUAUUCAUGAUAUUGGUUUAAUCCAAGUAUCAAGCAAUAUCAUAUUUAACAAAAACGUCCAGCCAAUUGUUUUGUCAACUACCGAUCGCAAUUUCGAUGAUUAUCCUCUCUUAGUUACUGGCUGGGGAGAUCUUUGGUCGAGUGAUUUAGUUUUUAAUCGCUUGCAAGAAAUUAUAGUAAGAGGAUAUUCCCAUGAGUUAUGCAACAGAUGGGCAUACGUCAAAGAGACUCAUAUAUGUACUUUUACAACGGAGAAUAAAGGAUUUUGCCACAGCGACACCGGUAGUCCACUCGUUUCUGAUGGGGUUUUAGUUGGUCUUAUGUCGUAUAGUUAUGGUCCGUGUGGUACAAGUACUCCAGAUAUAUCUACCAGAAUAUCUUCCUAUCGAUCGUGGAUUAAAUACUAUACAGGGAUCUGAUACUGUAAUAGAUCUACAUCCCAUCAAACUGUCAUUCCGAAAUUUUUUACAAUUACGACAUUCAUUAUUUUAAAACAGCAAGA